AUGAGUUUAAAAAAGUUAAUAAUUACCUUAAAUAUCUUAGUUUUCAGUAAAUUUAAUAAUUUUUGUAAGCGUAAAUAAAUAAAUUUAUUUUAAUAUUAAUUUAGAUAUAUUUGCAUCCUAGUACUAGGAUUGCGGAACAUUCUUACAAACUAUUGGAUUUAAUACUACAAGUAGACAUUAUAAUUAUAAAAAGCUAAAAUUAAAUAUUUUAAUUUUUAAAAAGGUAGUGUGUGCCUUGUUAACUAAGGACACCCAACUUCUGUUAGUGAAUUUAGUUAAUACUUAUCUUCAACCUAUUGCUUAAAUAUUGUAGGAAAUAUUUGCUCAUCUAGUGUUACUUAUGUUUCAGGUCCAAACUGUAUGUCAAAUAGCUAAAUAUCGGUUAUAUAUAACUCAGUCUAAUACUUUUCAAAAGUAGGAUUUUACAUAAAAGGAUCUGUAAAUACUGCUUCAACAAUAACAUCAACAGGUCCUUCAUUUUACGUGAAUAAUUAAGCAUAUAGUUAUAGUACUCUAAACUUUACCAAAUAUUGCACUAACUACUACUAUAAUGUUUUUUAAAAUACAAUCACAAUGACCUCAACAAAUUAUUUGAAUGCAACUUUUUCUGUUUUGCCACUGACAUAAAAAUCCUACUAAACAAUAUAUAGUGCAAUUAUAGUUGCUUUAUAAUAUUGCCCAAAUUAUUGUACAAGUUGCGAUGAUAGUGCUUGCUACUCAUGUUAAUAAGGAUAUUACCCUGCUGGUUUGAAUUGUCUUUAAUGCGACCCCUCAUGUUUAUCCUGUAUCGAUAGUGGACCAUUAAAUUGUAGUAUUUGUUAGUAAUCAGGUUAUUUUAUCUCUCAAAAUUAAAAUAAUUUGUGUGUUUCAUAAUGUGAUACUACAUAAGCAUAAUAUAUAGAUACCUCAAAUCCAAAGCAAAAAUAUUGUAAAAAAUGUGGUAAUAGUUUGUGUUAAACUUGUUCGAAUUCUACUAGCUGCACAAGCUGUAUAAGCGGGUAUUAUUUAAACAAUGGAUAUUGCCUAAAAUGUGAUGUAUCUUGUUUAACUUGUUCUGGAGCAGGUCCAUAAAUGUGUACAAUUUGCUCAUAGGCUAAUUAUUACAUAUCAAUUAUGUAAAAUAAUAUUUGUGCUUCUUCAUGUGAUCCAGCUUAGGGUCAGUAUAUAGAUACAUCUAAUGCAUAACAAAUGUAUUGUAGAGUAUGUAAUAGCCCUUGUAUUUUAUGUAAUAGUAGUACUUCAUGCAUUUCUUGCUAAUAAGGCUUCUAUUUAAAUGGUAAUUAAUGUAUUAAAUGUGAUGAUUCUUGUUAGUCAUGUAAUGGUACAGGGCCAAAUAACUUAUCAAAUCCAUAAUAAUAAUAUUGUGUGCCAUGCAGUAAUUUAUGCUAAACAUGUAAUAAUGCUUCUAGUUGCUCAACAUGCAUAUAAGGUUAUUAUUUUAAUGGAAACUAGUGUUCUAAAUGUGAUAGUUCAUGUUUAUCUUGCACUGGAUAGGGAGCAGGGAAUUGUGAUAUCUGCUAAAAUAGCUAUUUUAUUUCUGUAAAGUAGAAUAAUAUAUGCGUACCUGAUUGCAAUCUUAAUUAAGCUUAGUAUGUAGAUUAAACUAAUCCUAACCAAUAUUACUGUAGAUAGUGCUUAAGCUCUUGCUAAACUUGCACUAGUUAAUAAAAUUGCACUAGUUGUAUAUAAGGUUAUUAUUUAAAUCAAAAUUAAUGCUUAAAAUGCAAUGAUUCUUGUCUAUCCUGUACAGGUUCUGAUCCUAAUAACUGCUCUAUCUGUUCACAGCCAGGUUAUUAUAUAUCCAUAAAUUAAAAUAAUCUAUGUGUACCAUAGUGUGAUCUUAAAUAAUCAUAAUAUGUAGAUUCAAGUAACUCAUCUUAAUUGUAUUGUAGAAAAUGCCUUGAUUCUUGUUAAACAUGUAAUGAUGGUAAAAGCUGUACUUCUUGUUUAUAAGGCUAUUAUUUAGCUAAUAAUUUAUGUAGUAAGUGUGAUAGCUCAUGUGCAACAUGUUAAGGAUCUAGUUCCUCUGAUUGUAUUAUUUGCAAUCAAAGUAGUUAUUUUAUUUCAGUUAAAUAAAAUAAUAUUUGUGCUCCACUAUGUGAUUUAUCAUAGUCUCAGUUUAUUGAUAAUUCAAAUCCUUAGCAAGCAUAUUGCAGAACAUGCAUUAGUUCAUGCUAAACUUGCACAAAUUCAACUAGCUGCACUUCUUGUAUUCAAGGGUAUUAUCUGAAUGGAAGUCUAUGUUCUUAAUGUGAUCCUUCUUGCUAAUCAUGUGCUGGAUCUACUUCAUCUGAUUGUAUCAUCUGUGCAUAAAAUGGCUACUAUAUUUCUAUUAAUUUGAAUAAAUAAUGUGUAGCUUCAUGUAAUACUUCGCAAGCAUAAUACAUAGAUAAUUUAACUAAUCCAUUAUAACCUUAUUGCAGAUAAUGUAGUGCUUUAUGCUAAACAUGUAGUGAUUCUUAAGGUUGCACAACAUGCAUACAAGGUUAUUACUUGUAAGGAAGUUAAUGUAUUGCUUGCGAUUCUUCAUGCCUAUCGUGUACAAAAGCUGGGCCAUCAAACUGUAUUGUUUGUUAGCAAAAUAGUUACUUAAUAUCUAUAAAAUUAAAUAAUAUUUGCGUUGCUAGCUGUGAUUUAGCUUUAGGCUAAUAUAUUGACAAGAGUAAUCCAUAAUAAUUUUAUUGUAGGUAAUGUUCUAGCUUUUGUUAGUAAUGUACUGAUUCAUAAAAUUGUGCAAUAUGUGUUUAAGGUUACUAUUUAAAUGAUAAUAAAUGCUUUUAAUGUGAUGAUUCUUGCUUAUCCUGUUUUGGAUAGGGACCAAGUAGUUGUACAAUUUGCUAAUAAAUUGGAUCAUAUAUUUCAACUAAAUUGAAUAAUUAAUGUGUCCAACAAUGUGAUACUACACAAGCUUAAUAUGUUGAUUCAACUACUAACCCACAACAAUAUUAUUGCAGAUAAUGCCCUGACUCUUGUCAAGUAUGUAAUAAUGCAUCGAGUUGCACUAUUUGUAAAAUUGGAUAUUAUUUAAAUGGAAAUAUAUGCUCUCUAUGCGAUAAUUCUUGUUUGUCUUGCUCUGGCCCAGGAUCAAAUAAUUGCUUAAUUUGUAAAUAAUAAGGUUAUUAUAUUUCUAAUAAACUAAAUAAUAGUUGUGUAUCAGAAUGCGAUACAAGUUAGCAAUAGUAUGUGGAUAGCACUACAAAUGCUUCACAGAUGUAUUGUAAGCAAUGUGAUUAAUCCUGUUUAAAAUGUAAAGAUGGAAAUAGUUGUCUUUCAUGCAAAGACGGUUAUUAUUUUGUUGGAAGUUUAUGUUCUCAGUGUCAAUUAGGUUAUUUUAUGAAAGAUAAUGUAUGUACUAAAUGUGAUGAUUCUUGCUAAUCUUGUUCAGGGUUAGGACCUACUAAUUGCAUCAUUUGUUCUUAAUCUAACUAUUAUAUAUCUGUUUCAUAAAAUAAUAUUUGUGUGCCUGAAUGUGAUUUAACAUAAUCUCAAUAUAUAGAUAAAAUAACAAAUCCUUAAUAAAUGUAUUGUAGAAAAUGUCCUAGUUCUUGUUAGAGUUGUAGCAGUGAUACAAGUUGUACAUCUUGCACAUAAGGAUAUUUUUUAAGCUAGAAUCAAUGUUAUUAAUGUGAUGCUUCAUGCUUAACAUGUUCAGGGCCAGGACAUGUAAAUUGCAUCAUCUGUGCUUAAUCCAAUUAUUAUAUAUCUGCUAAAUAAAAUAAUUCAUGUGUUUCGGUUUGUGAUACAACAUAAGGUUAGUACAUAGAUAAUUUAACGAAUCCGAAGCAAAUGUAUUGUAAGUUGUGCAACUCAUAAUGCCAGACUUGUAGUAGCUAAUAAAAUUGCACUUCAUGUGUAUAAGGAUAUUAUUUAAACCAAAGUCAGUGCUAGUAAUGUGAUUCUUCUUGUUUAACUUGCUCAGGAGCGGGUGCAUCUGCUUGCUUUAUUUGCUAUUAAUCAGGAUUUUAUAUAUCUACUUAGCUAAAUAAUACUUGUGUUUCUUAAUGCGAUGUCCAUUAAGGCUAUUAUGUUGAUAGUACUACAAAUCCAUAAUAAAUGUACUGUAGGUAAUGUAGUAGUAAUUGCUUAAUAUGUUCAGACUAGAAUAAUUGCACAUAAUGUAAUGAUGGUUAUUUUUUAAAUUAAAAUUAAUGUAAGAAAUGUGAUUCCUCUUGUUAGUCUUGCUAUGGUUCAGAUCCAAGUAAUUGUGACAUUUGUUCUUAAGCAGAUUAUUUUAUUUCAAUAAAAUUAAAUAAUAUUUGUGUAUCUUAAUGUGAUUUGACCUAAGGCUAAUACAUAGAUACAAUUUUUAAUUAAAAAUAAAAAUAUUGUAGAGUUUGCCCCUCUUUUUGUCAAACCUGUACAAAUUCAAUUAACUGUACUUCAUGUAUCCAAGGCUAUUAUUUGAAUAACAAUUAAUGCUAAAAAUGCGAUGAUUCAUGCCUAUCUUGUUCUGGACCUGGCAAUUCAAACUGUAUUAUUUGCUCAUAACCAAACUAUUACAUCUCUACAAAAUAAAAUAAUUAAUGUGUUCAAUAAUGUGACUUAACUUAAGCUUAAUAUAUAGACACAACAACAAAUCCAUCACAAAAAUAUUGCAAAUAAUGCUCUAAUUUAUGUUAAACUUGUAGUAAUUAAGUAAAUUGCGAUUCUUGUAUAUAGGGUUAUUUUAUGGAUGGGAAUUCUUGUAAAUAAUGUGAUAGCUCAUGCUUAUCUUGUACUGCUGCUGGCCCAAGCAUGUGUAAUAUAUGCAUUUCAUAAGGAUAUUUUAUAUCUAUAAAAGAAAACAAUAAAUGUGUGCCAGUAUGUGAUACUAAUCAAGCUUAAUACAUAGAUAGUUAAACUAAUAGUUUAUAAAAGUAUUGCAGAUAAUGCAGUAGCCUAUGCCAGACUUGUAGUAACUCUUCAAGCUGUAAUUCUUGUAUAUAAGGUUAUUAUUUGAAUGGAAAUCAAUGCUUUGCAUGUGAUAAUUCUUGUUUGACAUGCAGCGGACCAAGUCAAAACAAUUGUAUAAUUUGUAAGUAAUUAGGUUACUAUAUAUCUGUAAAAUAAAAUAAUAUUUGUGUAUAAGAUUGUGAUUUAAACAGUGCUUAAUAUAUUGAUAGCACCACUAAUAGUUAACAAAAUAUUUGUAGACAAUGUAAUUCAGUCUGUUAAACUUGCAGUAAUUAAUUAACUUGUAAUUCAUGCAUACAGGGUUAUUAUUUAAAGGAUAGUUAAUGUAAUUAGUGUGAUGUAUCAUGCAAAACUUGCACAGGACCUGAAGCUUCAAAAUGUGUCAUUUGCUAAUAAAGUAAUUAUUAUAUUUCAAUUAAGUAAAAUAAUAUUUGUGUUCCAUCUUGCGAUUAGUCCCAAGCUUAAUUUGUAGAUACUACGACAAAUUAAUUAUAAAAAUACUGCAGGCCUUGUAAUACUCUUUGCUAAACUUGUAACAAUUAAAUAAGUUGUCUUAGUUGCCUCUAAGGAUAUUAUUUAAAUGGAAAUUCAUGCAAUUUGUGCGAUGAUUCAUGUUUAUCUUGUUCUGGAUAAGGACCAACAAAUUGUACUGUCUGUAAAUAAGCAGGAUAUUAUAUUUCUACUAAGUAAAAUAAUAGUUGUGUUUCUUCAUGUGAUAUAAGCUAGGCAUAGUUUAUAGAUACUACUACCAAUUAACAGUAAAAAUAUUGUAGAUAAUGUGCAAGUUUAUGCUAGACUUGUAGCAAUUAGUCAAGUUGCAAUAGCUGUAUAACAGGGUAUUUUUUAAAUGGAAAUUAGUGUCUUUAAUGCGAUAAAAGUUGUUAAUCUUGUUCUGGCUUGGGAUCAAAUAAUUGUAUAGUUUGUUCUUAAUCAGGCUACUUUAUUUCAACUAAGCUUAAUAACGUUUGUGUAUAAUCAUGUGAUACCAGUUAAGCUUAAUAUAUAGAUUCAACUACUAAUCCAUUUCAAAAAUAUUGUAGAUAGUGCAAUUUAUUAUGUUAAACUUGUAAUAAUUCUGCAACUUGCUUAACAUGCAUAGAUGGUUAUUAUUUAAGUGGAAACUAAUGUUUGUAAUGUGAUAGCUCUUGCUCAACUUGCUUCGGUCCUAGCCAAAGCAAUUGUAUUAUUUGUUAUUAGCCAAAUUAAUAUAUUUCAAUUAAGUAAAAUAAUAUUUGUAUACCUGAAUGCGAUAUCUCUUAAGCUUAGUUUAUUGAUUCUACUACUAAUCCUUCAUAGAAAUAUUGUAGAUAGUGUAUUUAGUAUUGUUAAAUCUGUUCAAAUGCAACCAGCUGUACAACUUGCAUGUAAGGUUACGUAUUGAACGGAGGUACUUGCUAGGCUUGUGGAUAAGGUAAAUACCAAAGUGGGAAUACAUGUUUACCAUGUGAUGGGUCUUGUAAUAGCUGUAAAGGUCCCGGGGUGAGUAACUGCACAAUAUGCUAAUAAUCGAACUAUUAUAUUUCUACAAAAUUAAAUAACUAAUGUGUUUAACAGUGCGAUACAACUUAAUCAUAGUACAUUGAUACCACAAAUCCAUUAUAAAUGUAUUGUAGAUAGUGUAAUUAAUCUUGUUUAACUUGCAAAGAUGGAGUUAGCUGCAUUACAUGUAACUAAGGAUAUUAUUAAAAUGGAGACUAAUGCCUUGCAUGUGAUAUUUCUUGUCUAUCUUGCUUUGGCCCAAAUCCAUCAAAUUGUAUUAUUUGUAAAUAAUCUAAUUAUUAUAUUUCAAUUAAAUAAAAUAAUAUUUGCGUUUCUUCAUGUGAUUUGAGUUAAGCCUAAUAUGUUGAUAAAAGUAACCCAUAAUAACUUUACUGUAGAUAAUGUCAAUAGUAAUGUUAAACAUGUUAAGACUCAUCUAGUUGCACAAAAUGCUCUUAAGGUUACUAUAUGGUUGGUAAUUAAUGCUAAAAAUGUGAUAGUUCUUGCUCAUAUUGCACAGGCCCUAAUCAAAAUUAAUGUACUAUAUGCUUACAACCAGGAUAUUUUAUUUCUGUUAGAUAAAAUAACAUUUGUAUUCCAAUAUGUGAUUUGUCAUAAGCUUAAUAUAUUAAUUUAACCAUAAAUCCUUUAUAGUAAUAUUGCAGCUAAUGUUCUACUUUAUGCUAGACUUGUUAAGAUUCUUAAAGUUGCACUAGUUGCAUAAAAGGAUAUUAUUUCUUUCAAAAUAACUGUUAUAAAUGCGAUACUACAUGCUUAUCUUGUGUAGGACCUGGUCCUAAUAAUUGUCUUGUAUGCUCUAAGCCUGGCUAUUAUAUUUCUAAAUAAUAGAAUAAUAUUUGCACUUCUUAAUGUGAUACUACUUAAUCAUACUAUGUAGACUCUAUAACUAAUCCAGAUUAAAAGAUAUGUCAAUAAUGCAGUUUGAAUUGUCUAAUUUGUAGUAGCUCAACAAUUUGCAAUUAAUGUAUGCAGGGGUUUUAUUUAAAUGGAAACAUAUGUUCUCCAUGCAUGUAGGGAUAUUAUUUAAAUGGAAAUUAAUGCUCUCCAUGUGACAAUUCAUGUAAAAUAUGCUCUGGACCAGGUCCUAAUAAUUGUAUAGUUUGCUCAAAUUCAAAUUACUUUAUUUCUUAAGUUUAAAAUAACUUAUGUGUUCCAAUUUGCAAGUUAAAUUAGGCUCAAUAUAUAGAUUCUACUACUAAUGCUUUAUAAAGUUACUGUAGGUAAUGCCCAAAUAACUGUUAAACUUGCAGUAGCGGAACUUCUUGCACUUCAUGUUAUUCUGGGUUCUUUUUAAGCUCAAGCUAAUGUACUCUUUGCUUUUAAGGCUAUUACUUAGAUGGAAAUUAGUGCUUAUAGUGCGAUAGCUCCUGUUUGUCUUGUAAUGGGCCUGGACCAAAUAACUGCAUAGUAUGCUCAUAGCCAAACUCUUUUAUUUCUACUAUAUAAAAUAAUAUAUGUACAUCAUUAUGUGACUUAUCAUAGGGUUAAUUUAUAGAUAAAUACACAAAUUAAUAAUAAUAAAUUUGUAGGUCAUGUGGAAGUUUAUGCUAAACUUGUGAUGCUUAAAAUAUAUGCACAUCUUGCGUUUAGGGCUUUUUCUUGAGUGGUAAUGUAUGCUCUCCUUGCAUUUAAGGGUAAUAUUUUGAUGGUGUUUAAUGUGUUCAAUGUGAUGAUUCAUGUUAGUUAUGCAAUGGACCAGCUAAAACUGAUUGCAUAAAGUGUAAGGAUAACUUAUACUUUUAACAAAGUACAUCUUUAUGUGUAGCAAAUUGUGAUAUUAAUGAAUUUGUUUAAAACAAAAAUUGUAUAAAAUGUGAUAUAUCCUGCUCAAGCUGUUUAGGACUUUAAAAUUGCUUAUAAUGCAAUAAAGGGUAUUAUUUUUUCCAAAAUACUUGCGUUAAAAAUUGCCCAAAUGGAUACUAAGGUAACCCAGUCACAUUUAGUUGUGAUUUUUGUGAAGACUAUACCAAUAAAUCUUGUUAAUCUUGUUAUUCUACUUGUAAGUACUGUUAGAUAGGUGGAAUAUAAACAAAUUAAUGUAUAAGCUGUUUUAGUUAAGUUAGAUAUUUAGAUUAAAAUAACUUCUGUCAAUGCUUAAAUCCUAAUGAUAAAAGAAAUGAUUUCUAUUUUUGCAGCUAUAAAAAUAUUGCAGUACUUAAUAUUUUUUUAAGCGAAAAGAUUCCUUAACUCUUAAUUGAUUUUGGAUCGCCUAUUAUUAGUCUUAUUACUUAAGCUUCAUCACCUCAAUCCCUAUGUUAGAAUAUUUUUAAUCCAUUAACUACUAAAUUAAUUGGAUAAGACUCCUCUUGCCAAAUUUCAUAAAAUUUCUUAAUUGUUAAUUUAACUGAUUCAUCGACAAUAAUGGAAGGAAACAAAGUAAUAUUAUAACCCUUAAAGCUAUAAUUUAAAGAUUAUGACGUUCCUAUUGAUACUUUUUAUAGAAAUAUAGUAAAUUAAAAUUAUAUUAACCCUGAAAUUAUAUAAUUUGACUUUAAACCUAUUUAAAAUACAUGCGAUCCUAUAAUUAUAUCUUUAAAAAAUAUUUAAAAUGAUGCUUAAAGAGGUUUCUAGUUAAUUAAAUGGUAGUUUUAGCAUAUAACUACUGACCUGACAUCAGAAUAAUAAUCAUAAAUUAAUUAAAUGAUUUUUCAAGCAAAUAAAUACUAAAAUACUACUUUAAUUUUGAAUCCUAAAUACAUUCCCUCCGAUUAAAAUAUUACAAUUUAAUUUAAUUAUCUUCUCAAAGUUAAUAAGGCUAGUUAAUAGGAAUUUAAAAUAUUUUAUCAAAAAUAAAAAGUAAUUUCUCUUAAUUGGGUAUAAUCAAAUUAUCCUCCACUUUUCAGAUAUAUGAGCUUGUCUUUCUACUUUUAAUUUUAUGUUUAGAUAUGCGAUUUAGGAAAUUUUAUUCUGAAUUAAUAUGAACCUUUAGAUAUAAGUAUAGAUUCACAAUAUCCUUAAUUUAGAUAAACUCUUAAAAAUUAUGCACAGUAAAAUUUUGAAAUUAACAUCCCUCCAUAUACACUGCCCUACAAUUAUACCUUGGAUUUAAAUGUAACUGUGAAUUUAAAUUAAUAAAAGAACAUCAUCAAAUUCCAAAAUAUAUAACUAAAUAUAUUACAAUCUAGUUUAUAUAUUUCGAUAUUAGGAGGAUCAAACUUCAUUUCGAGCUACUAAAAUUAGCUUAAUCUAACUUCAAAAUUUAGAGAUUAUGAAAUAAAAGAAGAAUUUUCUCCUUAAAAUAUUGAUUUCUCAUGGGAUUGCAAAAGUCUUAAUUCAUAAGAUAAUUUGUGCUAUGAUUAAUAUAAUAAUAAAUAUUAGAUCCAAUCUAAAUUAAGUAGCUUAUUGAUCCCAGCAGGUACAUUUAUGCCAUAUAGUGUACUCCAGUUUACAGUUACUGCAAUAAAAGACACUCGAUAAUCAAAUUUUUCUGUAGUUUGUACUUUCACUGAAAUAGAUAUAUUACCUUUAAGGGUUGUUUUACCAACAUAGUAUUAAGAAUAAAAGAUUAAUUUAAAUUAAGAUAUCACAAUUUCUAUGGAAUACGACUAAUAACUAUCUGAUAGUUAUACUUACGCAGGAACAAUAUAUUAUAAUGAAAAUGUAGUUGGAACUUUAAAUUUUGAUUAUUAUUAAGUCAAAUUUAGAAUUUGGAAUUAUUUUUCUGAAGUAGAUCCUUCAAAUAAUAUAAUUUAAAUUCGUUUUUCUCUCUAUUCUCCUUCUUCUCUGAUGCCUAGUUUAACGACGAUAAAUAUUUAUAUAAACAUUCCUCCUUAAAAUUGUAUUUUAACUAUUAAUCCAGCUUAAGGAAUAGCUCUUCAAACACAAUUCUUUAUUCAGAUGUCUAAUUGCUAAGACUAAGAUACUCCUUUGACAUACUAAUUUUUUUAUUAUAUUUCCUAACAAGAUUACUAGUUAGAAUUGAUCUAACCAUAGAAUAUUUUAAGAAGAUAAAUAGUAGAUUAAACGAUACAUAAUUAUAUAAAUACAAUUUUACCAUAAGGAAAUCUAAUAAUUAUGGCUUAGGCUAUUGAUUCUUAGUAUGGAGUUUCAAAUACUACUGUGUAAGUUUAAGUUUAACAGUAAUAAAAUAAAUCUAAUUUGGAUUAUAUUAAUGACAAAAGUGUACUUAUUUUACAGAACUAAUAAUCAUAAUACAUAAAUAAAGAUUAAUUUUCUGUUUUAAAUAUUAUAGGAGAAGAUUUAAGUUAGCAAAAAUUUGAAGGAAUAGAUAAAUUAAAAUUAAAUCUAAUUGCAUAUUAAUAGAAACAAAGUUUGCUUUUACCAAAAUAUUCACUUUUACCAACUUCAACAAAUAAAAUAACAUAAAAAAUAAUAUAGUCAUUAAUAUUAUCUUAAGAAAAUGUAAGUUAAUAACAAUAAAUUUUAGAUUAUACUUAGACCUUAAUAUAUAAAACUUAAGAAUUAAUUUCUAAUAAUAAUAUGACAUAAAAUCAACAAAACAAUGAUUAUGUCAUUUAAAAUUUAAUAGAUUCAUAUAAACUGUUAGAUGAAAUUAUGAAACAAAAAAAAAAUAAAACUGAUAUUGAUUAUUAAUUUUAUAUCUAACUAUCAAAUGACAUAGGAGGAAUUCUUUAAAGUUUAUCAUUUCCAAAUUAAGGAGUUAUGACUCUAAAUGGUAAUGUAUCAAGUAUUUUAUUGGACACUAUAACUGAAAAAAAUUUACGCAAGUAUGCUCUGCCUUCAUAAGAUAUUUAGAAUUUAAAUUAACUGAACACAUUCAAUAUUAUUUAAAAUACUUUUACAGAGAAUAUUUAUGAAAAUUCUGUUGCUUUUUAAGAUUAUGUUAAUUAAUUAAAUAAAGAAACAUAAAGUAAUACAUUUACCUUUUCUAAGAAUAAAUUAAUAUUUGUUAACAUAACAAAUACCAAAAAUAAAACGUAAAUAAACAAUUAUAACAUUAAGUAUUAAUUUAUUAACAGUUCUUCGAAUUUAAUUUAUAAUAUGACUUGCUUAUAAUAUAAAUAUUCUAGUUGGAGUAAAUAAAACUGUAGCAUACUUAAUUAAGGAGAUAAUUAAUAUACUUGUUUAUGUAAAGAAUAGCUACCAACGACUAUUAUUGAAGACAUUGAUAGUAUAGUACUAACAAAUGAUAUAUAGACCAGUUACGAGUAAUAUGGUAUGAAAGUAAUUUAUAAUUAUGCAGUGUUUUGGAUGGCUUAAGUAUUUACUAUAAUUUGCUUUGGGCUGUUUGUUUUAGGCAGACACUUGGAUUUCAAAACUUCAACUCUAAAUAAUUAUAGAAAGCAAAAAUAAAACUUUUAAAUUGAAAAUACCAUUGAAAAUCAACAAAAAUAAGCAAAUUAAAUUUUAGAGUUAUAGCUAGAAUAGUUAAAUUUGAAGAAAGAAGAUUAAUUUUAUAAAACAGAAAAUAAAAUAUAAGAAUAAGAUAAUUUUAGCAAUUAAAAAAUUUUAUCAUAGCAGAAUGAAGAAAAAUUCUUAAAAUCAGAAAAAUCAGAAAAAUCAUAAAAAUCAGAAAAAGGAGAAAAAUUAUCUAAUUAAAAAUAAGAAAAUAGAAAAAAAUUUGUAAAAUUUGUUAAUUAUCAGGAAAACAUUAAUUAGUUAGAAUAAUAAGAAGAUAAUAAGUCAAAUGAAAUUAAUUAAAGUAGAAAAUAAGAUUAAAUACAAAAAAUAUAACAAAUUAAAAAGUAGAAUUAUAUUGAAGAUAUUGAAGACAGAUAGAGCCGUUAAAACACAGCAAAUAUAUUUAAUAGACAUUCUUUUGUUAAAAAAAUAUUAAUUUUUCAUCCAACAUUUGGUAUUUAUUAUAUUUUUAGCAAUAAUAUUUCAAGAUCAGCUCGUUUCUCACUAUUUUACUUAAAAAUAAUCCAUUCUUUGGCUUUGUCUAUUUAAUCUUUUCACUCUAUACAAAAUCUCAAAUAGAUUCUUUUUGGAUUUCUGAACGCUAGCAUAGUAGAAAUUGGUUCAUUUAUGUUAUCAAUAAUAUUUUAAAAAGGGGCAGUUGGAAAAAUUUUAUCAAUAAUAUUCUAGAUUUUAUUAGGGUCAUUUUAUUAUUACAGCAUGGUAGCAUUAACCUAUGGACAAAAACCAUCUGAUUCAAAUUAAUUUAUUUAAUUAUUUGCAAUACUUGUCACUAUUAAUAUUAUUGCAGUUCAAACAUUUGUAUCACUACUAAAGAUUAUUAUUGCAUAGCUUCAUUUUAAAACCAAUAGCACAAUAAUUAAAAAAUUAUACAGCGUCUUAAAACUGAAGUAGGAUAUAUUAAAUAUUGAUGAUUGA